AUGGAUUGGCUGACUCGAGGCGCAUACGACCCUUCAGGCCAAGUAUGGGGGGAAAUGCCUAUACGCAGGUCUUCACCCAACGGUAGUGCCUCUGGUUUCGAGGGAGCAUAUGAAGGCAGGAGUAUCGCUCCAGGACUUAUGGAUACCAAGACACAUUCCAGGUUUCUUCCCUUCUUCUUUGAAGUCUGUAUUGUCGGUUCAGCUUUUUCUAUGGCUCAGGGCCUCAUCACGUCUGCAACCCUCCCCAUUGUAACGUCGAAGAUGAAGCUAAAACUUCUCAGUUUGCGAGGAGCGCGGGUCGGAAUGGAACGUGUAGGGCAUACAGCCACCACGAUAGCGACAUUGCUUUUGAAAAGCACGCAAGUUGUUGAUCUUGAGAUACAGAGAGACCCGAACAUUGUUCAAUUCAGAAAUGAAGUGGAACAGAUGAUUCAACAUGGGAAGCGACAGAAGAAACUGCAACGCGACGUUUUCAAAUGCCUCGCACUGUUAACGGCGUAUCCAGUCUGUCUACUGCACCAGGGACUAGACAACAAAUGUUACGCAGAUGUUGAUAGCCGCUGCGAAGAAGCCGUGCAUCGACUCACAAGGAUAUACCCUAUCACAUGGCAAAGUUCUUCGUCACAACUGAGUCAAGCACCUCGAUCUAAUAUAGAGGAAAAUGUCGAUAUCGAGCAAACCCAUUUCUUUGAGACAUUCUCAUUGGAACUGGAAAUGGAGUUCCGUACUUCGCGCCGAAACAACCGCCCGUCUUUGGCUGCCCAACAUACAAUUACCAAUAUUCGCAUGAUUCUCGAAAACUUAAUUGACGACAGAAACUUGGAUCCUCUCAGAUCCCCCUUCCUCCGCGAGAAUAUCGAUGUCAUGGCCAUAUCAGGUCGCGACGAGAUUGACUGUAUGUGGAAGGCUUUUGACAAAGGAAUGAAUACGUACGCAUGGUCACUUGGCAUUGCUCAAGAGAUUGACGAGCUAUUGGCGGGCAAAAACCACAGUAGUCCACGAAAGCACAUAUACAAUACUGGUUAUGAUGGGGGUCGUCGUCAGGAUAGUCGAAUGGAGCCGACUGAUGGAAAGGUUUCAAAAAAGCUCCCAUUCAGAGAUAUCAAGUCUUGCGACUUCUAG